AUGAGUGUGUUUGGAGACUUCCAGCGAGUCUGGGUGGAAAGAUUCCCAGACAGCGCUCUGCCAGCUGCAUGGGAAGAGGAUGUCAAGGCAAAUUUGAUUAAGCACAAGCAUAAGGUUGCUUUGCUAAAAGAAGAGCUAGAAAAAGAGGAAUUUUAUGUCGAAUAUUUGGAAAGACUCUUGAUAGACGUUGAGAAACACAAACUAGCUAAUGCAUCUGCAUCAUCUGAAGCCAAAGAUUCUGGCCUUGAAUCUUCAAAUCAACAAAGUUUGCACUCAGUAGAAACCAGUGUACAAGGUUCAAACACACAGCUGGAAGAAACUGAGGAUUUCGCCCCACCAGUUCCUGCCAGAGAAGAUUUCACAAAAUUGCAAGACAAAUGUCUUAAAGAAUUGAGUUCAACCUUGAAUUCAAGUAGGAGAUCAAAAAGUGUGAUACCAAAGAGUCCUGAGAAAGUGCCUGAAUGUAGAAGAAACAGUGAUCCAGAUGUGCCCAGUAAUUAUGUCACAGUCAUCCAAGUCACAUGUAAUUCAAAGAAAGAUAAGAAUGAAGAUUCCGUUAAAGAGGAAGAUGAAAAAGAUUCUGAAAAAGCUACAGAAGGUAGUGAAGAUGGUGACGCCGAAGCAUCCGAAGAAGAACCAUAUUAUGAUUCCGUAGCCCUUGAUCCAACUGGAGAGUAUGUUUAUAUAGAAGCGCAUGCACCUGCUAUAGGUAAUAAUGGUAGUAAAGUGCAAUUGAAAAGGCCACCUUCGCUUCCAGAUUCGCCAGGAAAUCAAGGAAAUUAUGUCAAUAUUGAUUACUUUAUACAACACAGAGCAGCGUUAGACAGUGAGGAUGAAGAGAAUCCUGCUCCACCAAUUCUUUUGCGUACUCUAAGUACAGACAAUGAAACAGGGAGUAGUGAUGCUGAGCCUUUGAGUUUAAGCGAAGGCAGUUUAGAAUCGCCAACGCCGACGACGCCACGCCGUCAAGAAAAGAGCAAAAGUCAAGAAGAUGAUAGAACGUCUAUGGUCAAGUGUAUUAUUAAUUCUGUGGUUGAGAGUGAAAAUAUUUACGUGGAUUGUUUGGACGUCAUGGUUCAGUACAUGAAAGCUAUCAACGCGACUGUAAACACAUCACAACCAGUCAUUUCUCAGGAAGAUUUCAACACUAUAUUUUACAAAAUUCCAGACUUGCACAAAGUGCAUUUAGAUUUUUUGAGUGAUCUCCGAAAAAAACUUGAAAACUGGGACAGUAAAACAACGAUCGGCGAGCAAUUCAAGGUGAUGGCUAGCAAGAUUCGAGAUUACGGCGCGUUCCUCCAUAAUUACGCUCGUGCCACCGACACCGUGCGCCGCUGUUCGUCGCAGUCGCCGCAAUUUGCCGAGAUCACGAGAGACAUACCUCUGAGGCGCUACCCCAAAGGCCCGGGCUUGACGCUAGAGGAUCUCUUGCACAAGCCUGUCGCUCGCGUCCAGAAGAACGCGCUUGUGUUACAUGAUUUAUUAAAACAUACGCCGCAAAAUCAUGCAGAUCACGUUCCACUCUCGGAAGCGCUGGCUAUGACGCGUAAUUUUCUCGACGAAUUUAAUAUCAUUCAGACAAAGUCAAUGUUCAAGAAUUACGAUCGAGCUCAAAGGAGGCUCGUAAAGAACUCGUUCGUUGUGGAAUUAUCAGACGGGAACAGGAAAUUGAGGCACUUAUUUCUUUUCAAUGAUGUCAUUUCAUGCGCCAAGUACAAGGCAGCUGGCAAAGACAAAUUCACAUAUGAGCUAAAGUGGUUCAUCCCAAUGAGCGAAGUCGUAGUCAUGGAGGAUGGCAUUGAACCGCGAGAGAACAGUCCAGCAAAUGUUGUGGUACUUAGAUCGCAAGCUUGCACAGUUAGAGACCAAAUUUUGUGGGAAGAAAAGAACGAGGAAAAAAAAAUUCGAUUAGGGGGUAGAGGCUCGGAAAAAAAUCGAAAAAAAUUGGCUGAACUGGAAGCUCAACUUAUCUUGGCAUCGCCGAAUCUAAUUUUUAAAAUUGCACAAAAAAGUCAAAAUCGCAUUCAAAAUUCUUACACAUUCUUCCUCUCCAGCGAAUUCGAAAGAUCUCAAUGGAUUGAAGCCAUUGAAGCACUACAACAGGGUGGACAGCCUCCUGGACCACUACCCCUUAAUAUGUACGAUUUAAAAGCUUGGAUAGCUGCGUGUCGAAGUUAUUUGCAAGCAGAUAUGGGUAGUUACUUGAUGCGUUCGAAUCGAGAUGAGAGCUUGUUACAAGGAGACUUACAGCUCACGUUGAUAGAAAUCGUUCCACCUGGACUGGACAGGGCAUGUGAUCUUUAUAUAGUCAUAGAAGUAGACAGUUAUGGACACUAUUUCAAAAAAGCAAAGAGUCGGAUAGCCCGUGGACAAGCACCGUCGUGGGGACAAACGUUUAUCCUAGAGCUGGAAGGAAGUUUAAAUGUCAGAAUUUUGCUCUAUGAGGAAUGUGGCUCUCGUUCGGUGCUGAGAGGAAAAAAUGCGCAACAUUUGAGCAGGUCUUGGUUACUCGGAGAUCAGACUAAAAAAAUACUCAAUUUGGGCCCUGCAAAUCUCGAAGUAUCAUUCAAAUUCGUUCCGAGUGAAGUUACACUACGUCGGGUACCUUCUGCCAAACCGCAAGGUCUUUUCGGCGCCAAAAUUCAACAAGUCUGCAAACGAGAAAAGCGAGAUGUACCGUUUAUAAUAACAGCAUGUGUACGCGAAGUCGAAAAGAGAGGUAUGGCAGAAGUCGGUCUGUAUCGUGUCUCUGGUUCAGCAUCUGACGUUGCAAAAUUGCGCAAAUCAUUUGAAAGCAAUUCCUACGAAGCCGAACAAUUAUUGAAAGAGGUGGAUGUCCAUUCGGUGACGGGUGUCCUCAAGCUCUACCUACGCGAUAUGCCCGAGGCACUGUUCACGGACGCCUUGUAUCCAGCUUUUUUGGACGCCUUCCAAUCGGGUGAGCUUUCGCGAGGCUGUGCCUUUCGCCGCGUCUAUGAAAGUCUGCCGCAGGUCAACAAGGCCGUGAUAGAUUUCUUGCUCGCCCACCUCAUACGAGUCAACAAGCACGAGGCCCAGAACAAAAUGUCACUGCACAAUCUGGCUACAGUUUUUGGGCCUACGUUGCUACGUCCUGGCAUGAGCAGUCAAAACGACCCCAAAAAUCGUGACCCUCUGGCCGCGGGCACGGUCGACGUUAUGGCCCAAGCCGGUAUACUAUACUGCUUUCUGCAAAUGCAAAUGCACCAGAAUAAUUCAUCCUCACUCUAG